AUGGAAACAUGUGGAUUAGAUGCAGAUGGCACACAAGAUCGAAGGGCAGUUUCUCCUGGGACGCUUGAAUUGAUUUGCAAUGAGCAAGAUUCAGUGUUGACGAAAGCUGGGUUGUCAGCCAGGGUUGCAGGCUGGGGUAAAAAUGUAACAAUGAAGUCAUCUUCCAUGGAGGUCCUCACUGAGGUUUACGUAGAACAAAAAAGACUUGUCUUGACUGGAUUCUGGAAUUUGCUUGACGGACUCGUUUCUUGUGGAAGUAUUAUUUGUGAGACCCUCUCCUUUGUUAUUCUGAGCCUUGUUGCCACCUGUGAACAUCAGAGAAAUACAAAACAUUCGUUUCAAGUGCUAAAUCUGUAUCUUACGAAUGGCACGGUGUCCAAUUUGUUGAAGAGACCUAUCAAAAGUUCACAAAGUCCUUGA